AGCCAAAGAAGAGGAAUGAGAUCAAAGGAGGAGAGAGAGAGAGAAAUUGCAGAAACCAUGAAAAAAACUUAUUCUUCUUCUGCCUUUCAUCAUCUUCUUCUUCUUCCAUUAUUUCUUCUCCUCUCUUCUUUACUGCUCAGUCCCACGUCCGCCAUUAAAAGGUCGUAUGUCGUCUACAUGGGAGCUCACUCCCAUGGCGGUCGAGAACCGGCCGAUAUCGUCGCCAAUUCUCACCAUGAAUUCCUCCAACCAUUUCUCGCAAGUGAUGAGUUUGUAGAAGACGUCAUCCUCUACUCGUACACAAGAUACAUCAAUGGCUUUGCGGCAAUGUUGGAAGACGACGUAGCCACCAAGUUAGCUAAACACCGGAGCGUGGUGUCGGUUUUUUUGAACAGAGGAAGAAAAUUACACACAACAAGAUCAUGGGAGUUCAUGGGGUUGGAGAAAAAUGGUGUUAUAAUUUCAGAGUCAAUUUGGAAGAAGGCCAGAUUUGGAGAAGACACCAUUAUUGGAAAUCUUGACACUGGCAUAUAUCUCAUAUCAAGGCGGUGAGUUUAAUCUUCCAUCGUCGUACUUGCUUGUCUGAAUUAUGCAAAAUUAAUCUCCUUGGAUCGGUGACCAUGAAAUUUGUGUAAAUUUCCGGUAAUUUGAACUCGAAGGAAGCUAAUCGGAGCAAGAUACUUCAACAAAGGUUAUGAAUCCGUCGUCGGUCAUCUCAAUUCUUCCUUCAAUUCGCCGCGGGACAACGAAGGCCACGGUUCCCACACCUUGUCGACGGCCGGCGGUAACUUUGUCGCCGGAGCUAGCGUGUUUGGCUUGGGAAAUGGCACCGCCAAGGGCGGGUCGCCGAGGGCUCGGGUGGCCGCUUACAAGGUCUGCUGGCCUCCGGCGGCUGGAAAUGAGUGCUUCGACGCCGAUAUCUUGGCGGCGUUUGAUUUGGCGAUUCACGACGGCGUGGACGUGCUGUCCAUUUCGUUGGGAGGAGAUCCGAAUCCGCUUUUUAACGAUAGUGUUGCGAUUGGCUCCUUCCACGCCGUGAAGCAUGGGAUUGUGGUGAUUUGCUCUGCUGGAAAUUCGGGACCGACUGCUGGUUCGGUGAGCAAUAUUGCGCCGUGGGAGAUCACCGUCGGGGCGAGCAGCAUGGAUAGGAAGUUCCCUAGUCGCGUCGUUCUUGGGAGCAAUAAGCAGAUUGAGGGCGAAAGCCUGUCCCCUGAAGCUUUGCCAAGCAGGAACUUUUAUCCGCUCACCAGUGCUGCAGAUGUUAAAUUGGCCAAUGCAUCAGUUCAUGAAGCUCAACUGUGCAAAGCCGGUACACUUGAUCCUAUGAAGGCAAAGGGAAAGAUCCUGGUCUGCCUUCGUGGCGAUAAUGCAAGAGUGGACAAGGGCGAGCAAGCAAUGUUGGCCGGUGCUGCGGGCAUGAUUCUCGCCAAUAGCGAGGCCAGCGGGAAUGAAAUCCUUGCCGACCCUCAUGUCCUUCCAGCCUCACACAUCAACUUCACCGAUGGUGUUGCAGUCUUUGCGUACAUCAAUUCGACCAAGUCGCCCACGGCUUAUAUUACACGAGCGACAACUCAAUUAGGUAUAAGGCCAGCUCCAUUUAUGGCAGCCUUUUCAUCAGUGGGACCAAACACUAUUACUCCAGAGAUCCUAAAGCCUGAUGUUACAGCUCCUGGGGUGAGUGUUAUAGCUGCUUAUACUGAAGCAGAAGGACCAACGAAUCAAGAAUACGAUACUCGUCGGGUUCUUUUUAACUCAGUAUCAGGAACUUCCAUGUCGUGCCCUCAUGUUUCUGGUAUUGCUGGUCUUCUAAGAACCCUUUACCCUCAUUGGAGUCCUGCAGCUAUUAGAUCUGCAAUCAUGACCACUGCAACCACGCUAGACAACAACUUAGAGCCGAUCCUCAAUGCUUCCUACUCCGAGGCCACGCCAUUCAACUACGGAGCAGGACACGUUCAUCCAAAUGGUGCUAUUGAUCCUGGCUUGGUCUAUGACAUAGAGGUUAAAGAAUAUCUGUUGUUUCUAUGUGCCUUAGGAUACAACCAAACUCAAAUAUCGCAGUUCGCGGAUGGCCCCUUCAAUUGCGCAGAGCCUAUUAGUCUAACCAAUCUAAACUAUCCUUCAAUUACUGUCCCUAAGCUCUCUAGAUCAAUCACGGUAACUCGAAGACUAAAGAAUGUCGGUUCUCCUGGAACCUACAAAGCCCAGAUAAGAAAACCAUUGGGGAUAUCAGUAUGGGUUAAGCCAAAGAAGUUGAACUUCACAAGGGUAGGUGAAGAGCAGAGCUUCAAAGUUUUCAUGAAAGUCGAGAAACAGAAUGUAGCAAAGAACUAUGUAUAUGGUGAUUUAAUAUGGUCAGAUGGUAAGCACCAUGUAAGAAGUCCUAUUGUGGUAAAGGCAGUCUAGUAGAAAGCUAAAGAAAUUCGAUUCGGUUGGUUGGGCUAGUUUCUACAUAUUAGUUCGACUCGACUCUAGUUCGAGUCCUCUACACGCUCUUCGGGGGUUGUUUGGCUCACACUCUACCUUAGUCUUUUACAAUAAUGAUUGGUAAGGUGAGGGAAAAACUAUAGGUAACGACAAUUGGUAUUUUGGUUACAUUAACAUUAUUGUUCUUCUAAUCCUUUUGGAAAAGUUAUUCAGAUCCAAACAUUUAUAUUUUUCGUAUCUACGACGUAUAAUUUGUUAACUGUUUGCGGUAGAGCUUCUCGGGCCAUGAAGAAGUUUCACGAGCGGUGCCGAGCUCCAAGCCUUCUACGACUUCUUGUCGUCUUUGAUGUGUAUGGCAUGUAUGAUUUUAUUAUAUGGUUUUGUUUAUGCUAAA